ACCGAAGACUGCGUGAUUGAUAUAUUUUGUCUGCUGCAUUGGGGAGGUGGUCUACUUGCCCCAAGUUGGACACGGUCCGGGUCUCCCAUCCUCGCAAGUCCCACUCACAAAUCACCAUCUUCCAAUUUCCACAUGCCCCAGCCUGCAGUACUAACGUUUAAAGCAGCUUCUUGCAAUUUCAAAACACUCCCCCUGUUCUCCUUCCAAAUGGCUCCAAAUCUCAACCAUCAUUGACUCCAUCCACCGAAUAGAAAUAAGGACCCCCGGGCGUUCUCCGCAUUUCCAAUUCCCAAACGCCUGUUCGGUUCCAUUCUUUUCACAUUCCAACAAUAUGCCCAGCUGGAGCACCAAGGAUUUGUUAGUGGUUCUUGCUUUGGCAGUUACGGUCUCGAGCUUAUUGAAUGGGGUGAAGUGCCAGCAAACGAGUGACCUUGACAACCCUGCUGUUCUCUCUGUUUUGACACAGCUUGUUUACAGCCAAGUCUCCAACGUCACCUCUUUCCUCAGUCACGAAAUUAGCAACCGCUCCAGUUUCUGCGUCGAAGAUCUGAAUGCUGAUUGGAAUAAUGCAUUUAACUUUUCAUCCGACUUGGGCUUCUUGACUUCUUGCAUUCAAACGACGAAAGGGGACAUAAAGCAACGCAUAUGUAAUGAAGCAGAAAUAAAGUUUUACUCAAAAAGUUUAUUGGAUAGAUCUAAUGGUAUUAACUAUUUGAAGCCUAACAAGAACUGCAAUUUAACCUCAUGGGUAUCUGGUUGUGAGCCAGGAUGGGCCUGUAGUGCUCCCUCGACCGAGCAGGCUGAAUUCCAAAAUUCACAGGAUAUGCCUUCAAGAACUACUGACUGUGAACCAUGUUGUGAAGGUUUCUUUUGCCCUCAUGGUAUCACAUGCAUGAUACCUUGCCCUCUUGGAUCCUAUUGUCCUCUUGCAAAACUCAAUAACACAACUGGUGUAUGUGAACCAUAUCGUUAUCAAUUGCCUCCAAUGCGGCCAAACCAUACCUGUGGAGGUGCAAAUAUCUGGGCUGAUGUUGAUAGCAGUAGUGAGACAUUCUGUCCAGCAGGAUGGUAUUGCCCAACAACUACAAAACGUAUUCCUUGCAGUAGUGGGCAUUACUGUAGGAUGGGUUCUAUAUCUCAGACGAGAUGCUUCAAGUUGACUUCAUGUAAAUCGAAAGCUGAGACCCAAAACAUGGGUGUGUACGGAAUUAUGCUCAUUGCUGCUUUGAGUACAUUGCUGCUUAUCAUUUACAGCUGUUCUGAUCAAGUUCUCAGUACUAGGGAAAGGAGAAUGGCGAAGUCCAGAGAAGCAGCAGCUAGAUCUGUAAGGAAGACUUCAAAUGCACGACAAAGAUGGAAAACUGCAAAAGACGUUGCUAAAAAGAGUGCAAGUGGACUACAAGCUCAACUAUCACGAACAUUUUCGCGUAAGAAGGACGUGGCAGAUCCAGAAAAAGUUAAAAUGUUGGGUCAAGCAACUGAUAUAGAAUUGCUUUCACAUUCACACCCUAUUACUCCAAACAUUGCUCCCAGCUCAUCAGCUGUGCAAAAAGAAAAGGCUAAAGAAUCCAUUGAUCCAAUGCAGAUGAUGCAUGAAAUUGAAAAUGGCGAUAACCUUCACUUAGAAACUAAAACUAGAGAUAAAAGUGUUCAAGGCAAAGCUUCUAAGGAAAAGCAACCUGAAACUCAUAGCCAGAUUUUUAAGUAUGCAUAUGCUCAAUUGGAGAAGGAGAAGGCACAGCAACAAGAAAACAAGAAUCUUACUUUCUCAGGAGUAGUUAACAUGGCUACCAAAGGUGAACCAAGGAAACGGCUGUUAAUGGAAAUUUCUUUCAAAGAUCUAACUCUCAUUUUGAAGGUGCAAAACAAACUUAUAUUGAGAUGUGUAACGGGGAAAAUUAAACCUGGGCGCAUUACUGCUGUCAUGGGUCCAUCAGGGGCCGGUAAGACAACAUUUCUUUCAGCAGUAGCUGGAAAAGCAUUUGGAUGCAAGAUGACUGGUUCAGUUAUUAUAAAUGGAAAGACUGAAUCAAUCCAUUCCUAUAAGAAAAUUAUUGGUUUUGUGCCACAAGAUGACAUAGUUCAUGGAAAUCUGACAGUAGAAGAGAAUUUAUGGUUCAGUGCACAGUGCAGGCUAUCUGCUGACUUGCCGAAAGCAGACAAAGUUCUGGUUGUAGAAAGAGUUAUUGAAUUCUUGGGCCUUCAAUCUGUGCGGAAUUCUUUGGUUGGAACUGUAGAAAAACGAGGGAUUUCCGGUGGCCAAAGGAAGCGUGUAAAUGUUGGACUGGAAAUGGUCAUGGAACCUUCACUUUUAUUGUUAGAUGAACCCACAUCUGGUUUGGACAGUGCAUCAUGUCAGCUACUUCUUAGAGCAUUAAGACGGGAAGCUCUUCAAGGAGUGAACAUAUGCAUGGUGGUUCACCAACCAAGCUAUGCAUUGUUCAAUAUGUUCGAUGACUUGAUACUUCUGGCAAAAGGAGGUCUUACUGUGUAUCAUGGACCUGUCAAGAAAGUUGAAGAAUACUUUCUAGGACUUGGGAUCUGUAUUCCGGAGCGGAUCAAUCCUCCUGAUUACUUUAUCGACAUUUUGGAGGGCUUAGUAGAACCUGGUGGAAGCUCGGGAGUCAGUUAUAAAGACCUGCCAGUUAGAUGGAUGCUUCAUAAUGGAUACCCAGUACCUCUUGAUAUGCAGAAGAAUGCAGCGAAAUUUGGUAACUUAACUCCAAAUCCAGCUAACGAAACUGAUCCCAAUGGCUCUGAACAUGACGACAGAAGCUUUGCCGGAGAACUAUUGCAUGAUGUUAGACACGUCGUGGAAUUGGAGGGGGAGAAGAUACUAUUCAACUUUUUGAAAUCCCAGGAUUUAUCUAACCGGAAAACUCCUGGGAUAUUCAAGCAAUACAAGUACUUCCUUAUACGGAUUGUGAAGCAGCGACUAAGGGAGUCCAAAAUCCAAGCUAUAGAUUAUCUAAUAUUAUUACUUGCUGGAGCUUGCUUAGGAGCGCUGAGUAGAGGAAAUGAUCAGAAGUUUGGUGGAGUUGGAUACAUCUAUACAGUGAUUUGUGUAUCUCUUUUAUGUAAAAUUGCGGCCUUGAGAUCAUUUUCUCUGGAUAAAUUGCACUACUGGAGGGAGAGGGAUUCUGGGAUGAGCAGCUUGGCUUACUUUCUUUCUAGAGAUACAGUGGAUCAUUUUAAUACUCUGGUCAAGCCUGUGGUGUACCUCUCUAUGUUCUAUUUCUUCACCUAUCCAAGAUCAACUUUUGCAGAUAAUUACAUUGUGCUGCUCUGUCUAGUAUACUGUGUGACUGGAAUAGCAUAUACAUUGGCAAUAGUAUUCAAACCUGGCGCGGCACAGCUAUGGUCAGUGCUUCUUCCAGUUGUUUUAACCCUUGUUGCAACACAAGCUAAAGACAGUAAAUUUUUGAAGGUUGUAGCAAAUUUAUGUUACCCUAAGUGGGCUUUAGAAGCAUUCGUAAUCGCAAAUGCUGAAAGGUACCAUGGAGUGUGGAUCAUAAGUCGUUGUGGUUCACUAAAGAGAAGUGACUAUAAUAUUCAUGAUUGGAGUUUGUGUGUUUCCAUCCUAAUUCUUAUGGGUGUAACCGCUCGGGCAAUAGCUUUAUUCUCUAUGCUUACCUUUCAAAAGAAGUGAGGUCAACAUUAUUGCUGCCACAGUUCUCUCGUUGUCUCGUUGACCAGUUGUUAGAUACAUUCACUAGAGUUAAUCUACGGGGGAAUAAUUCCCUAUUAAAUUAUGGCAAUUUACGGUUAAUAUUAUUGUUCAUAAUUUGUGUUUGAUAGAAAAUGCUCAUAAGGCUUUUUUUUUUUUUAU